AUGUCAAUUAAAUAUAAGGAUAUAACAGAACAACAACGUUCUACAAAUAAAUUUGCAAAUUUAGUACCGGGACAAACGAUAGUUGAAAUUCCAGAAUAUACAUUAGAAUGUGGUGAAACAUUAUAUGAUUUCCCUGUUGCUUUUAAAACUUGGGGUAAAUUAAAUAAACUACAAAAUAAUACAUUAUUGAUAUGUCAUGCAUUAACUGGGUCUUCAGAUGUACAAGAUUGGUGGGGACCAUUAUUAGGUGAUGAUAAAACUUUUGAUCCUUCAAGAUUUUUUAUAGUUUGUAUAAACUUCUUGGGAUCACCUUAUGGAUCAUGUUCACCGGUUACAAUAGAUAAAUCAACUGGGAAACCAUAUGGACCUAAUUUCCCAUUGGUUACAGUAAAAGACGAUUUAGGUAUACAAAAAUUAAUAUUAGAUUUUUUAAAAGUUAAACAAAUUGCAUGUGUAAUUGGAGGGUCAAUGGGUGGUAUGUUAGCAAUGGAAUAUUCAGCAAGUUAUAAUGAUUCAGAUUAUGUUAGAUCAGUAAUAGCAUUAGCAACAUCAGCAAGAGCUUCUGCUUGGUGUAUAUCAUGGAAUGAAACUCAAAGACAAUGUGUAUUUAGUGAUCCAUUUUAUGAUGAUGGUUAUUAUUAUGAAAAUACAGAAGGUUUGAAACCAGAUUCUGGAUUAAGUGCUGCAAGAAUGGCAGCUUUAUUAACUUAUAGAUCAAGAAAUUCUUUUGAAACAAGAUUUGGUAGAAAUGUGGGGAAAACCAUUCACUCAACCACCACAAACAUCACAAACAAUACAUCAACAAGAAAUGGAGAACUAGAGAAUGGAAUAAGAUACCCUAAAACAAAAGAUGAAGAACAUUGGUUAAUACAUAAUGAAGGAUCAAAAUUAAAUAAUGGACAAAAAAUAAAUCAAGAUAAAAAAUUACCAACAUAUUUUACAGCACAAUCAUAUUUAAGAUAUCAAGGUACAAAAUUUAUAAAAAGAUUUGAUGCAAAUUGUUAUAUAUCAAUAACAAGAAAAUUAGAUACUCAUGAUAUAACAAGAAAUAGAAUAGAUUAUCAUAAUAUAACAAAUAUAGAUCCAUUACCAUCAUAUCUAAAUAAAUUACAAAAACCACAUUUAAUAAUAGGAAUAGAAUCAGAUGGAUUAUUUACAUAUGGAGAACAAAAAUUAUUAGGAGAAAAUAUUCCAAAUUCCGUAUUGAAAAAAUUAGAUUCUCCCGAAGGUCAUGAUGCAUUUUUAUUAGAAUUUGAAUUAAUUAAUGAUUAUUGUUUAAAAUUUUUAAAAGAAAAUCUACCUGAAUAUUUUGAUUCAAAUGUUGAAUUAUUUAAAGAUUGGUUUAAAUAUGUUCAAGAUGUUGAUAAUGGUGGAGAAUCAGUAUUUGGAGAAGCUGAAAAAAAUAUAACAAAUUGGUAA